CAAGUAUUUAACUUAAAUGUUGUUUUCUAUAUUUUUUUUAGGCAGAAAGAAAACCAGUUUAAAACACACAAAUAAAGAAACCAAAAAAAUAUCUCCCCUCCAUUUGAAACUUACCAGCAGAACUCAUGGCUGAGCAGAUUCCCCAAGCAUCUGUCACCCCUGUGGAUUCUAAAGUGUCUAUAAGGAGAAAUAAGGCAAAGGUCAAAGAAGAGAUAGAAACAAGGAACAGACUGAUAAAAAGUGGAAUUAAUUUUAUCAUGGAGUUCAGUAAACUAAUUAAUUCUAGUCAGAAGGAACUUAUGGCUGAGGUGCUUCAUUGCAUAUUCUUCCUGGGUCAUAUUUACAAAAAUCCUGUUAGACCGGAGGACUUCUUCAUCGGUGAAAACAUGGAUCUGUUCAAGAAGCACUUCCCCAGGGUGUUCCAGCAGUAUAACAGCCAUCUGCCCACCCGCACCCCCUUUUCCAUCUUGCUUGAUCUGGUUUCAAAGAAUGAGGGUUCUACAAACAGUGAGGCUAUACUGAACCAUCUGUCCCAAAUUAAUACAAAUUUGCAGGAUGGUAACCAAGCUCACAACGACUACACUCUCGCAGCCACGGUCAUUACUGAGUGCUACUCAAACAGACAGGGGUGUUUCUACGGCGCGUCCCUGUCUUGCAGUGGUAAAGUAGAGAUUAAGAUCAUGAUUGCCCUCUCAUGCAUCCAGACCUGGAACGACGCUGUAGCACACGCAGUCUGGAAUGCAGAAAAAAAAGGUUACAUCAAAUUUCCACCAAAAGUGAAUUGCACAGCCUAUAAAAUAAAUCCUGAAUCAGACUUCUACGACAGUAUACCCCCAUGUAGUAACUGUAACACAAUCUUCAAAGACGUCACAUUCAAGCCACCUUUUUCUAGUGAAAAACACAGUGAGAGGUUUGCUUUUGGAAAUUGUGCUGAAACGGAGUCUCUGAGCCACCUCCUUGAUGCAGACAAAAACGUCAGGAUUGAAACUAUAGCUUAUAUAGAUACAGAAGAGGUCAUUGUCGACAGAGCCAGCAUCAGAAAAGAAGCAAAGGAGAAAGCCAAAAAACUGCUGGGAGCAAGAAAUUUUAAGAUCACGGAUGACAAAUUUAAUUUCUUCCAGGCACAAUGAAUGGGCUGCCCCUUUUUAACCCUUACUGCAUAAUAACAAUUAGUUAGUUAGUGUACAAAUAAUGGAGAGUUACAAGGUGUAAUUAACAACAGAUCAUCAAACUCUAAAUAUCAAUGCUUACCACUUUAUUUCCUUGUUAGCAUUAAGACCCUGUAGUGUUUGUUUGUUUUCUCGCAUUCUGGAGCUCAAAUUUAAAGAUUAAAAAAUACAAAUGUAUUCUAUCAUGACUUUAGCGACCACUUGGGGCUUUUCAACUAAUUCUCCAUCUACUCGGAUGACGAACUUCGGGAUUGCAUUUAUAAAGCACCCCAGCAAACAGAGAUAUGAGUUAGUGGUUCCUUCGCACUUGCUGUGUGCGAAUUUAGGAUGCCCUCAAAUUUAAUAUGCACCUUUAUUUCUCUCAUUUUGAGAAAAAAAAAUAAUAAUCACAAAGCUAUCGUAGCAGCCUACUGUACAGUUACAAACGAAAGUAUUACCGGUACACGAUAAAGUAUUUGCAUAUACCCGUAAGCAAUUAAAAUCAAUGCAUUUUAAUAACAACAGAACCGUGUCUUUUGUAAUUGUGGGAUAAUGAUUAACUAUGCACUUACAGGAAGUUUUGUUGACUGAUCAGAUCUCCUUAUGAAUUAUCUUUGUGCUCCAUUUAGUGACAGUAUGUUCUCCACACACAGAACCUCGUACCAUCUGCCUGCCUGCUUUUCAAACCCGAUCUCACGCCCUGUAAACGUGGGGAUUGGUUUGAUUCUCCCUGGCUGUUGUUCUGGCUCUCACAGGGCAAUUUUUAUAAGAUAAUAUAUGAAGUAAGUAGUUUGUUAUUUUAGUAGCUUAGGAAGUGCUAUGCUUAAAGAAAUAUUAAUUGAAAUAAUAAAAUGUGUUGUUUGUUUCUUCCCAGCUUCAGAUUAAUUUUGCUAAGUGUUACUAACUUGCAUAAACUCUGUAAACAAAAUAUCAUUAUAUUAAAUGUUUGGAAAACAUGGAGAACUGCCCGCCUGUUGAAAUAUAGGAAAUAAUGGAAGAGAGGUUUUUAACAUUAGUUAAAAUCGUUAAAAAGUACUAAAAUAAUAUUAGAAGUUUCAGGCAACUUUAUGGCUUCCAAGCAUUUACAGCACACAAGUACGGUUUCAGACUCAUGAAAAUCAUAUGACCAUUUAGUUUCACAUCAUUAUAUACUUGAAAAACAUGCAUAUUGAAUACAGCUGAAAUUUGAUUGGCUUGUGGCAGCCGUGUUUUAUGUCGCAACAUGCCAAAAGCAACAAUGAUAAAGGGUGUUACUAAUUUUAUGAUUCACAACAAUUGGUCAAACUGUGUCUGAGAACGAGACAUUGGUGCAUUUUUGAAAAACGCAUUAUGGCCGCCAAAUCGCGACCCAUCGCCCUCAUUUUCACAGUCACAACAUUCCAAAAGCCUCGAACAUCUUGAAAUAUAAGAAUAUUCAGCAACAAAAAAUAUUUGUUAAAAGUUCAAAGUCACAAGUGUCAGGAAAUGGGACGUUAAAGUUGCAUGCCUAAGCAUCGCACCAUGAGAUGAUAUGACAUCAUACAUGACAUCAGCAAUGACUAAUGCUCCACAAGACUGCCCAGAAGGACAUUACCUAGGUGUGUUUAUUGGUACGCAGAAUAGCGUGCAGUCAGCUGUUCUUAGGAACUCAAAUGAUAAUAACAAGACAAAGCGGCACAGUUUGGUCCUCAUUCUCCAUGAUACUGUGCUAGAAAAAAUUCCUUUUACUGAGUGAGAUACUGUGACAGGCUUGCGAGUGGAUAGAGUCCCAGAGACAGACUGCAGUUCCAAAAAAUAUAUACUUUUAUUAUAAAUAAACACAAAAAUAAAUGUGCAC